CGCAAACACUGCCAAAUUCCGCAGACGGCAGUGAUUCCUGUUUAGCCUCAUGAACUCUGGAUCGCAUCAUGUCGUCUAGCCACAGUAGCCUCGAUGCAGCUUCUGUCGAUCGAAAAGCACGCCUUGCUAAACUUGCCUCUUUAAAACGCAAGCAGCCUGGUGCCUCCGACACAGUUAUCCCAUCACCAGAAGUCGACAAUGAAGUAUCCUCGUCCUCCAAAACAGAUGUCUAUAUUUCUGGAAGAAAUUAUGACAAGACAACCAAAGGAGCCAGGUUGGGGUUUGAGAACAACCCUUCCGGAGAUGUCGAGACGAUCGAAGUCCGGGCGCAACGGCUAGAACAAGAGACUCAAGAACAAGCUGCCCAGGACGAGAUAGAGGCAGAAAAGGGCAUAGACCUCUUCAAACUACAGCCCAAGAAGCCCAACUGGGACCUGAAACGGGACCUGGCCGAGAAAAUGAAGGUCCUCGACGUGCGAACGCAGAACGCCAUCGCGAGGCUUGUGAGAGAGCGGAUCGAAAAUACGAAAAAGGAAGCGCUCAACAAGGGAAAGCCAUCAGCAGAUGACGAACAAGGAGAGGAGCUCGGAAUGGAAGGCCAGACACUGGUAGAAAGCAUACAUCUACGCGAACAGGAGAGUAAAGACGCUGAACUUGAAGACGAAGACGAAGUUACUUGAGUACAGACCUGUGGCACCACAAUGGCACCUUGAUCUAAAGAUUUCACGAAACGUGAAUUCAAGUCAACAAGUCUCCGUGUGCAGGUGGCUUCGCAAAGAUACCUGCCUUCUGGGAGCAUGACACCCAUCUUUCAAAUCAAGAAUGGUCUCCAUGGCUAGCAAGAACCUGCAAUUAUACUCUUGCGGGAGACGACAUUCCCUUUCCGAUACGGAAAACGGUGCGCUGCAGCGAAUUGAGCGGAUUCUAUCGACAAUGCAUUAUCAUUCGAGACUGAAGAUCUUCGUAUCCAAUCCUCCCCGCGAGAGUCGGCAAUUUUGAAGACUCCCACAGUUCAAUAUGUCAUUGAUCUGGUCGCCAUGGUUUGGCCAAGCCAUCAAACAUAGCAGCUCUUGCAAUGCGUCGCAGGCAGGUUGUGCGAUGAAAGGUACAUGUCAAGCUGUACCUCGGAGAAUACUCGUGAUUUGGGAUCAUUAGGAUAGUGUUGAAACAAAAGGCGAUAUCGAUUAGUUUUGCCUUGCUGGACCCGAUAUCAAAAACACUCCAGUGCUGUGUUUGUGUCCACAUGCACGUAACGACAUUAUCUGAGGUGAAUAAAAAUACCCUUAUCCGAAA